GUGUAGCAUACGCUUAAUGAUAGUAAUGAGAUAAAAAUGAUAAAAAAAAAAGGAUUCUGGACUGACUCGCUCUGUUGCCAAUUGCUUUUGCUUAUUGACUGAUUUAGCACUAACCUGAAGAACCCACACCAUUGCCCAUCUGGUCUUUAUGUCAUGCCUGCAGCUGAUAACAUGAAUCAAUGGUUUGGCACGCUGUUCAUUCAUAAGGGCUACUAUCGCAAUGCAGUCUUCAAAUUUCAGAUGGUCAUCCCUGCCGAUUAUCCCAACCGUCGACCAGUUGUACAAUUCUUGAGUGACAUGUGGCAUCCACUGGUUGAUCAGCAGGGAUUUCUUGCACUACAAUACCAGUUUCCUCAGUGGCGACCACACCGAGACUAUUUGUUUCACGUCCUCCAUUUCGUGAAGGCCAUCUUCAAGAAAUGCUUCCUCGAUACGAUUCAGGAGAAACAGGCGCUCAACAAAGAGGCAUUCCGCAUAUAUCGACAGGAAAACAAAAUCUUUGGGAAGCUUGCACAACAGCGGGCGCAACUCUCGAUCACAGACUCUAGUUUAUACGACAACUUUCCUGCAAACAACCCCAUCAAAUUUACUUCACUCAGUGAGGAAGAGUUUAGUGAUCUCAAACAAAAGAUGAUGAACAGUGUAUCUUCUAUUGGAAUUCCCUCGUCGUCAUCGCUUGUAGCAGAGAACCACUCAAUGCUGCUUGAAUCACUUAAGACACGUGUAACUGACUGAAUAAAGCAGUAAAUGCCUUGUCGAAUAAACAUAAAACAAGGUUAAAAAUUUUUUUUUUUUUUUUAAAAAA